GCAGAAGAUGUGGGUGUGUCUGUCACAUGACACUUCCAUUUCUGCUGCAGACAUUUUCGGAUGACGAUAUCGAAAUUUGUCUUUUAACUUUCAAAGAUUUGCAGUGACUAAAUCUAUUUUUGCUCUAACCAUUCAUUUAUAUAGCACAAGAGAAUACCAGAUGACAUUGGCAUCACAGAAGAUGCACCUUCAAAACAUAUCACCUUUUCAAGACUAAGGGAAGAUGCUAUAUGGAUUAGAUAUUUAGCACUGCUUCUAUAAAUUUAUCCCAGAAUUCCAGUGAUAUUUCCUCUGAACUGAGAUUGUUAAACAAACCUCUGUUCAUCAUAAUCUUGAGUGUGUACAAAAUGAGUUUGUGUGCUAAUUAACCUUGGAUAUAUUUUCAAGUGUUGUUAGAUAUAGAUAACACUGGACAUAAAUACAGUAGCUGAAAAAAUUUGUAAGGAAUGAAUUAUUAACGCUAAAAUAAUAAGUGUAUAUAUAUAUAUAUAUCAUCAUUUAAUGUCUGCUUUCCAUGUUGGCAUGGGUUUGACUGAGGACUGGCAAGAAGCUAGGAGUCUGCACCAGGAUCCAAUUUGAUCUGUCAAGGUUUCUACAGCUGGAUGCCCUUCCUAAUUCUAACCACUCCAAGAAUGUAGUGGGUGCUUUUUCCACACUAUCCACAAUAUAUAUUUAUAUAUAUAUAUAUAUAGAGAGAGAGAGAGAGAGAGAAAUAUGCAUGCUCUGAUUUGAGGAAGAAGAUAUUGCAAAAAUAAAGUCACAAAAUUGAGGAAUUGAUUUCCACAGAAGACAUGCCUAAAGAUAUUGGAAAACCAUCGUAUAAAUGUGAUAUCUGUAAAAAGCCUUUCUCUGAGAAUAGUAACCUAACAAAACAUAGACGUAUUCAUACAGGAGAGAAGCCAUAUCAUUGUGAUAUUUGUGGUAAAUCAUUCUCUCAGAAUGGUAACCUAACUAAACACAAACGUAUUCAUACAGGUGAGAAACCAUAUCGGUGUGAUAUUUGUGGCAAAUCAUUCUCUGGAAGUAGUGAGUUAACUAUACACAAACGUAUUCAUACAGGAGAGAAGCCAUACCACUGUGACAUCUGUGGUAAAUCAUUUUCUGUGAGUAGUGUCUUGAUUUCCCACCAACAUAUUCAUACACGAAAGAAACCAUAUCAUUGUGAUGACUGUGGUAAAUCAUUCUCUCGAUUUCAUUACUUAACAUCACACAAGCAUAUUCAUACAGGAGAGAAGCCAUAUCAUUGUGAUAUCUGUGGUAAGUCUUUCUCUCAACGUAGUGACUUAACUAAACAUAAACGUAUUCAUACAGGAGAUAAGCCAUAUCACUGUAAUAUCUGUGGUAAAUCAUUUGCUCAAUGUAGUGGCUUAACAAAACACAAACUUAUUCAUACAGGAGAAAAGCCAUAUCAUUGUGAUGUCUGUGGUAAAUCUUUCACCCGAAAUACUUCCUUAACUUCUCACAAACGAAUUCAUACAGGAGAGAAACCAUAUCACUGUGAUUUCUGUGGUAAAUCAUUUUCUCGAUUUAAUUACUUAGCUUCUCAUAAGCUUAUUCACACUGGAGAGAAACCAUACCAGUGUGAUAUCUGUGGUAAAUCAUUCCCUGUAAGUUGUAACUUAACAACCCACAAACGUAUUCAUACAGGAGAGAAGCCAUAUCAAUGUAAUAUCUGUGGUAAGUCCUUCCCAGUGAGUUCUAACUUAACAACACACAAACGUAUUCACUCAGGAGAGAAGCCAUAUCACUGUGAUAUCUGUGGUAAAUCAUUCUCUGUAAGUAGCAGCUUAACGAUACAUAAACGUAUUCAUACAGGAGAGAAGCCAUACCAAUGUGAUAUUUGUGGUAAAUCAUUUUCUGAAAAUAUUCACUUAACAAUACACAAACGUAUUCAUGUAAGAGAAGAGUCAUACCAGUGUGAUAUCUGUGGAAAAUCAUUUUCUCAAAGUAGUCAUGUAACUAAGCACAAACGAAUUCAUACAGGGGAGAAGCCAUAUCACUGUAAUAUCUGUGGUAAAUCAUUCUCUGGAAGUGGUGACUUAACUACACACAAACGUAUUCAUACAGGAGAAAAGCCAUACCAAUGUGAUAUCUGUGGUAAAUCAUUCCCUCAAAGAGGUACCUUAACAAUACAUAAACGUAUUCAUACAGGAGAGAAGCCAUACAAAUGUGACAUUUGCAGGAAGACAUUCUCCCAAAGUAGUAAUUUAAGAAUACACAAACGUGUUCAUACAUGAUAGAAGCCACAUCACUGGGAUAUUUGUGGUAAUUCAUUCUCUCAAAAUCAUGACUUAACUGUAUCAAUGCAAGAAUCCUUGAAAAUUUUAAGCUCUACCUUAAACAAGGUGUGUUUAGCUUUGUGGACUUCAUUCACAGCUCUCUUUUUGGGGUAGUCUUUCACAACCGGUUGAACUUUUUCUGAUUCCACCUUUAAUUUCCUCUUACAGAUUGAAGGGAUAUGAUUUACUGUCAAAUUUCUUUGUAUGAAAAUCAUGAAUAUACCCCUUCAUCUGUAACUGUAAAUGUAUUCACAUUGGAAAGGAGACACAAACAGUGUGUCACAAUAGCUUCUCUGCACUGUAUUGUAUAUGAACAGAUCUAAACACUUGAGAUGAAUUAAUCUGUGAGAUAUUUUUGAUAAAAGCAAUUUCCUCCAGUCUUGUUUGGGAAGAACCAUAAAUAAUAAAGCCUAUAAACACACCAGUUUUAGUCUUUUACUUGUUUCAGUCAUUUGACUGCGACCAUACUGGAGCACUCAACUGCUAGGGUGUGACACUUUUUCACACAGCUGUCCUCAUUUAUUUGCAACACAUGUCCAUACCAGCACAGUCAUCGCUCUUGCACAUCACAACUGAUGCUUCUUAGAUCCAACUUUUCUCUCGGGGCACUUACACUCUGUCGUGUAUGCACACUGACAUUACACAUCCAUCGGAGCAUACUAGCUUCAUUCCUUGCAAGCUUACGUAUGUUCUCAGCAGUCACGGCCCAUGUUUCACUGCCAUGUAGCACAGCUGUUUGUACACAUGCAUCAUACAGUCUGCCUUUUACUGAGCAAAAGGCUGUUUGUCACCAGCAGAGGUAGGAGCUCUCUGAACUUUGCCAAGGCUAUUCUUAUUCUAGCAGCUACACUCUCAAAGCAACCACCAUCAGUACUGACUUGGUCACCUAGCUAUCAACUACUUGUAGAUUUUCUCCCCGGCUUGUGAUGGAAGCUGUUUUCUGCACAUUUUCUGUGUUUAUUGCCCCUGGGCAUUUGCCACACACAAAAACUAUCUUCCCAGAUAGCCUUCCUUUGGUAUUGCUGCACCUCUUAUAUAUAAAAUUUAGGAAAUAAACGGAUUCAUUCUGCCAGCUUCAGUUGCACAAGGUUUAUCAUUUCUACCUCAGCUGGAACUAAACCCCCAAAUUACU